ACAGCUACUACACCAACUACAGCAACUACACAAACUACAGCUACUACACCAACUACAGCUCCUACACCAACUACAGCUCCUACACCAACUACAGCAACUACACUAACUACACCAACUACAGCUACUACACCAACUACACCAACUACAGGAACUACAGCUACUACACCAACUACAGCAACUACACUAACUACAGGAACUACACUAACUACAGCAACUACACUAACUACAGCUUCUACACCAACUACGACUACUACACCAACUACAGCAACUACACUAACUACACCAACUUCACCAACUACAACUACUACACCAACUACACCAACUACAGCAAUCACACUAACUGCACCAACUACAGCUACUACACAAACUACAGCAACUACAGUAACUACAUCAACUACACCAACUACACCAACUACAUUAACUACACCAACUACAGCAACUACAGCAACUACACCAACUACAGCAACUACAGCUACUACACCAACUACACUAACUACACCAACUACAGCUACUACACCAACUACAGUAACUACAGCAAUUACGUCAACUGCAGCUACUACACCUACUACAGCUACUACACUAACUACGCCAACUACACUAACUACAGCAACUACACUAACUACAGCAACUACACCAAGUACAGCUACUACAUUAACUACAGCUACUACACCAACUACAGCAACUACACUAACUACAGCAACUACACUAACGACAGCUACUACACCAACUACCGCUACUACACCAACUACAGCAAGUACACUAACUACACCAACUUCACCAACUACAACUACUAUAUCAACUACACCAACUAUAGCAACCACACUAACUACACCAACUACAGCUACUACACCAACUACAGCUACUACACCAACUACAGCAACUACAGCAACUACAUGAACUACAUCAACUACACCAACUACAUUAACUACACCAACUACACCAACUACAGCAACUACAGCUACUACACCAACUACACUAACUACACCAACUACAGCUACUACACAAAACUACAGUAACUACAGCAAUUACAUCAACUACAGCUACUACACCAAGUACAGCCACUACACUAACUACACCAACUACACUAACUACUGCAACUACACCAACUACAGCAACUACACCAACUACACCAACUACACCAACUACAGCAGCUACAGCUGCUACACCAACUACAUUAACUACACCAACUACAUUAACUACACCAACUACAGCAACUACAGGAACUACACCAACUACAGCAACUACACUAACUACACCAACUACAGCUACUACACCAACUACAGUAACUACAGCAGUUACAUCAACUACAGCUACUACACCAACUACAGCAACUACAGUAACUACAGCAACUACAGUAACUACAGCAACUACACCAACUACAGCUACUACACCAACUACACCAACUAGAGGAACUACAGCUACUACACCAACUACGGCAACUACACUAACUACAGGAACUACACUAACUACAGCAACUACACUAACUACAGCUACUACACCUACUACGGCUACUACACCAACUACAGCAACUACACUAACUACACCAACUUCACCAACUACAACUACUACACCAACUACACCAACUAUAGCAACCACACUGACUACACCAACUACAGCUACUACACCAACUACAGCUACUACACCAACUACAGCUACUACAGCAACUACAGCAACUACAGCAACUACAGCUACUACACCAACUACACUAACUACACCAACUACAGCUACUACACCAACUACACCAACUAUAGCAACCACACUGACUACACCAACUACAGCUACUACAGCAACUACAGCAACUACAGUAACUACAGCUACUACACCAACUACACUAACUACACCAACUACAGCUGCUACACCAACUACAUUAACUACAGCAACUACAUCAACCACAGCUACUACGCCAACUACAGCUACUACACUAACUACACCAACUAACUAA